AUUUUUAAUCUCACUUCUCAUUUAGUUUUUUGCUUCGUUUAUUUUAAGAUUUUGCUCUGUUAGCCUAAUAAUUAGCAGCCGGCGAUUUGUUAAAUUAAUUGUUACAUCAAAUUGCAGUAAUUUUUAUUUGUUAUGGCGACAUCGGGAGUAACUGAGAUUCCGCUUUCUGAAUUAUCGCUCCCCCAACUUACUCAAUUAUCCCAACAGUUAGAUAAAGAAGUAGAUGUCUUACAAUCAUCACUGACAAGUCUUAAGAUUGCCCAGUCCAAAUUUGCAUCAUGUAAAGAAGUGCUGAAUGAAAUUAAGGCAAAAAACAUGAACAAAGAACUAUUAGUACCUCUAAAUAGCUCAAUAUAUGUGCCUGGUGAAAUAUCAAAUACAGAUUAUGUCAUGGUUGAUAUUGGCACUGGCUACUUUGUAGACAUGAAAGUAAACAAGGCAAAAGAUUAUUACCAGCGUAAAGUAAAGUAUUUAGAAGAGCAAAUGGGUAAGCUGCAGUCACUCUAUCAAGAAAAACACAGAUUCAAAGAAGCAAUCAUAGAUCUGCUGCAAAGUAAAGUUCAAGCCCAGAUGUCACAACAGAAGGCAUCAAUGAAAUGACAUUUUAAUAGAAUAUAAUGAACACCUGUCUCAAAUAUUUUUCUAACAUUUAAUUAAUUGAUUAAAAUCCUUUUAUGAAGUUUAAAAAUGAACAUUGAUUGAUAGGAUAAAUUUCUUUAUAAAAAUUCAGUUUAAUAUUUGUUAUACAUGUGUUGUUCAUAACGUUAUUACCAUAGCGAACAUGCAUGCUAACUGAAAGUUUUAGCAACUGUCCUUUCACACACACACACACACUCAUUCUCAUCUAAUUCAUUCAUUUUUGCCAAAAAUUUCAAAUACAGAUUUCAAACAUCCUGAUUACCAACAUCAUUGCCAUUAAAAAAAACAUCAUUUCGUUUUUAUUGAAUUGUCAAAAUAAUUUCUUCGUUCAUCGUUGAUUGUUACUAAUUAAUGUAAAAAGCAAAUGUUUUGUUAAAAAUAUGUAUGUACAUGUA